AUGUCAGAUCUUAGCAGAAAAGGAAAAAAAAAUAUGGAAACACUGGAGAGUGUGGGGCUGGGGUUCCUCUCAGCCCAGGCAGGGGCUGAGAGGGACCCAUCUUUUUGGUGGCAUUGUUGUCAUAAUCUUCGAUAUGCCUCCACGCCCACCCAGCCUCCUGGCCCACACGGCCUCCACGCCCACCCAGCCUCCACGCCUACACGGCCUCCACACCCACCCAGCCUCCAGGCCCACAAGGCCUCCACGCCCACACGGCCUCCACACCCAUCCAGCCACCACGCCCACACGGCCUCCACGCCUACACGGCCUCCACGCCCACCCAGCCUCCAGGCCCACACGGCCUCCACACCCACCCAGCCUCCAGGCCCACCCAGCCUCCAGGCCCACACGGCCUCCACGCCUACACGGCCUCCACGCUCACCCAGCCUCCAGGCCCACACGGCCUCCACACCCACCCAGCCUCCAGGUCCACACGGCCUCCACGCCCACCCAGCCUCCACGCCUACACGGCCUCCACGCCCACCCAGCCUCCAGGCCCACACGGCCUCCACACCCACCCAGCCUCCAGGCCCACACGGCCUCCACGCCUACACGGCCUCCACACCCACCCAGCCUCCAGGCCCACACGGCCUCCACGCCCACCCAGCCUCCAGGCCCACACGGCCUCCACACCCACCCAGCCUCCAGGCCCACACGGCCUCCACACCCACCCAGCCUCCAGGCCCACAAGGCCUCCACGCCUACACGGCCUCCACACCCACCCAGCCUCCAGGCCCACACGGCCUCCACGCCCUCCCAGCCUCCACGCCUACACGGGGUCCACGCCCACCCAGCCUCCAGGCCCACACCGCCUCCACGCCCACCCAGCCUCCAGGCCCACACGGCUUCCACGCCCACACGGCCUCCACGCCCACCCAGCCUCCAGGCCCACACGGCCUCCACGCCCACACGGCCUCCACGCCCACCCAGCCUCCAGGCCCACACGGCCAGGUUCGGGCCAACUGGAGCCGCCAUUCCGUGCACACCUCUUGA